AUGAAAGGCAUGAAAAGUAAGCUGUGGUCUUGGGGCGCCUUGAGCAGUUUCUUGCUCUGGGUCAGGACAUAUCAGACAAGGCAAGGGGGCAAGAGCUUUUGGUGCUGCCAGUUUCACCUAGAAUUGUGGUGUAGUGAUUCAAUUCAUCAUUUAAAGAUGUGGGAUCCUACUCACGUUCAAGUCACCAUCCAAAAAGCACGGGGACUACUGAUCAAAGGUAAAAACGGUACUAAUAACUGUUUUGUUACGAUCGCUCUCGGUAAAGAUAAAUUCCAAACUUCCGUCAAACACAAAGCGACUCAGAAUGUCGAAUGGAUAGAAGAAUGUGAACUGCGAAUACCCUCACAAGGAAAUACUGCCGAGAUCGUUCUUAAAGUCUACGAUGAAGAUUUAAUAAAAGACCAUUUACUAGGUCAAGUAUCGAUUCCGUUAAAAGACCUCGAUGUUUAUGAACGACCAAGAAGCCGUUGGUAUAAACUCCAAGGCAAAUCUGGUAAAGAAAGCGACAAGUCACGAGGUGAAUUAGAGGUCAAAAUUUCUUUCACAGUCAAAGAAGGCAGUUUGACUGAUUUGAGUAAGAAAGAUAAACAUAGAUCUUCUUUGUCAAGCAUUGCCCAAAAUGUAGGCGGUAGUCUCAUGAGCAUUGGUAGUAUUGAAAAAAGAAAGAGCAUUAAAAAGUUUGCAAAAAAUCUUGGCUCUAAAAUGAAUUUGAACAAAAAGGACAAGAAAAGUGACUCUUCAUCUCUCAGUGGUAGCAUCGGAAACCUUAAAACAUCAGCUCUUUCUACUCCUGAACAUUCCACUCCCAAAAGAUUAUCAGGAGAGGCUGAUCCUGGAGUCAUAAGUGAAGAUGAAGAUGAAUUUGCAUUUGAUGAUUUAUCCCAUAAAAGCUCUGGUAGCUCUAUAAAUGUUCAAACUUUACCCAGGGGACAUAAGUAUACACCAUCACCAAAUAAUGCUUCAUUAGAAAACUUAGGGGGUGGUGAAUUUUUGAGGAGGUCUACCAGUAGCAAUUUGGUAGUACCUGAAAAGGUGGCACCGCAGAAACCUGUCCGGCUAAGUCUUGACACAUUCACAGCACCUCAAUUACCAGCACAAGUGAUUGACAAGAAUGAUGAGUGGUCACAAAAACUUUACUCUCGAAGAAAAUCAAACAGUCAACUAGCAAUUGACAAAGAAAAGUCUUCAAGUCUAGAGAGAAAUAAAAAACUUGACAGUCCAAAUUCUCUGAAGGAUAAACCAAGUCCCAAGUUUUUCAAGAAAUUUGGUAAUACUAACAAACAAAAGAAAUUACUAGAGGAACGCAUCAUAGUGGGAGAAGAGAACAUAGCUGAAGAAGAUUCUAUUAACCCAGCUUACAAUAGUAUCCCUAAAUCAAUAGUGCAAGAUUUUGAUGGCAAGUCACGAGAAGAACUAAUUGUCAUGGUGUACAAUUUACAAAAGGAUGUUCAAUCAGAAAAGAAGAAAAACAAGGACCUGGAAAACUAUCUAGAUGAACUGUUACUUAGAGUAAUGGAGACAACACCAAAAAUCCUACAGAAUCCAUAUGUACGAAAUAACAGCAUGCAUAUUAGAAAUAAAUAA